AUGGUUUUCCUCCGCCUCACCGUCAAGGUCUACCCUCGAGAGCAAACCCAGCCCUCCAACUCCUUCUCUUUCCGCUCGUUGUUGGGUGAUCGUGAACGCGACGAUGACAGUCGCAAUUCUUCCAGCACGGCGACUGGGAAGCCGGCUAGCUUUCUGAUUGUGUUGGAGAAUCCCGAAGACGUUACGCUGGGCGGACUGGCAGGCAUGAUCAGAGCGAAAUGGAGGAAAUUGAGGCCUGGUGCUGAACCUCUCUCGAUCAAGAAACUGCUAGACGAUGACCAUGAAGCUGACGACCUUGAUACCGAUAUGACUGUCGCCGAUGUGUUUGUUGAUAAGGGGAAAGCGCGCUCUGACGGACAUGACCAACGGAGGACUGUUCGCGUCAUUCAGAAGCCGGCCGGAGGCGGAGAGUCGCCUGUGCGAUUCCCCUCGGUUGCUCAAGACUGGGAUGCGGCGGCCGAGCACUACGAAAUUCUGCGUCAGAAGAAACAAAAGCAGGAAGCCGAAUCUGCCGUCAAAAAACUUGGAGCUAUUACGGAAGAGUCCGGCCAAGGCUUUGGAUCAGCGUCGCCCUUUGGAGCAGGUGAUUGGGCUGAUUAUACACCAAAUCGGGUCCAUCGCAGAGAUAUUCCCGUCUCCUCAGUGGAAAAGGAUGUCGAGAUCCCCGGCUCGCCAUUACAGUCAUCCCAGCCGAUAGCCAAGUCGCUAACUCGAGGAAUGUCUCAAGAUCUCAAUGGUGAGGGGUUGAGUGCGGCGCAAGGCCACCGUGCGGGAAGUGAAGAGCUCGGGGAUUCCCCUCUAUCUCCUCGCGCGACAACGCCAAGGAAGCGGUCUACCCCCAGACGUGCCUCAGUACAUAGCCAGGCGUCUGCUGAUCGAUCUGAUGCCGGGGAUUCUGUCGCCGUUGAUUCACCCGCCCUCCAAUUAACCCGUGAACAUGCCCACUCGGUGUCACCGCAGAAAAGACCUGCUCUAGAGGCGACCAAACCUGAUGCUGUUACUUUAGCUGCAGAAACAGAAAGUGAAUCUGAUUCUGAAUCCGAUAGCGAUGACGGUUCGGAGACUAGUGAUAGUGACAGGGCAAGUCAGGACAAAGAUGGCGAUACUGCAAUGCGCGAAGCUACUCCAAAACAGAAACCAGAGUCUCCCAUAACUGCCAAGAAGCCUGAUGAGGCAACCACAGCUGCGCCUGCUGUAACCGGAAGUCAACCUCGUAAACGGAAGAACAGUGCCGAUCAGUUGUCCCCUAAGAAAGAGCCACGCUUGGAUAGGACUACUACUCCUCCUCCAGUGAAUAGUGAAAGGCGAGGCAGCGAAGCCUCUGCAGCAAGCCCGCGGUUCAGCCCGUCGGGAAGACGACUUGGAGGAACAACAGCUUUUACUGGAACGGCGCGCCGCCUCAGCUUUACAGAUCGAACAUCAGAGCCUCCUAGCCAGGGGCUGGGACUCGGCAUCACGAAGAGCCCGAGCAAGAAGCCAUCUGCCGCUACCAACCUCUCUCAGGAGUCGACACAGUCUACUGGAGGUGUCCCACAAAGCACGCCGAUACCAACGAGCAGCGCACCCACCGUCAGAAGGGGAUCUGUCUCGCGAAACGUCUCAACACCGACAGAUCUCCAUACACCGGUUGAUAAGGCGAAGAACCUACAUUCAGCACUACGAAAGGACUCCCUCACAAGCUCCGCCCGCCGCUCUGUUUCUUUCGCUGAAAGCGAUGAUUUUCUUGUCGCGGAUUCGCAACCCGCACCAACAUCCACCCCUAUCAUAACCACAAAGCCCUCUACCAGCACACCGGCGUCUCAGACUCCUAGCUCGGAGAAGAGACGCUCUAGCGUCUCAAUGGUCUUUCCUCCUGGAGUUUCUAUGGAACGCAUUGCUCAAUAUGAACGGGAAGCCGAGGAGAAAGUCGAGCGUCAGAAGAAGGAAAGAGCGGUUUUUGAAGAAAAGAUCAAGGCCGCUGAGAAGGACAAUGCAAACUCGGAGUACUUAAAGAAACUUAAGGCCGCGUUUAAUACCUGGCAGUCUCUUGUCAGCAGCCGUAGCAGCCAAAGGAAGGGCAUCGCAGAGCGACUCGAGAGACUACAAGCCGAGCUGAAGAAGAUGGAAGAAUCUUCAACCAAUGUGUCAUCUCAGGGUAAAGGAAAGAAAUCUCAGGAGUCGAAGCCUGCCAGAUCUCAGCAGGCCUCAAAGAAUGAUACUCCAGCGUCAAAGACAUUGACUUCGACGCCCGCCACCAACGGGGACAGUAAAAUGUCAGUAACACAUAGCUCCGGUUGGAACGCGAUUAACAAUAAAUCUCCUUCAAGCGAUCAGAAGUCCGCUACCCAGACCAUUAACGGAACCAAUCCCAAGUCUGCUACUAGGGCUGCGCCCAAGGAACCCGUCGCGCGCACCGUGGCAACCAGAACGCUGUCAAAAGCAUCUCAGCCUCCUUCGACACAAUCACGAAACUCCACCGCCUCAGAAGAGCUCGACUUGCCUGCAAUGAAAGUUCAAGCCCGCGCUACUGCCAAUGCUACAAAAAAGGCGGCCCCCCAGAAGCCAGUUGAGGUAUCAUCCUCGUCUGAAGAGACGUCGGAAGAAGAAAGCUCCUCUGAAGAAUCUUCGUCUUCUGAUUCUGAGUCUGAAUCUGCCUCUGAGGGCGAAGGCAAGACAAAUAAUCCCGCUUCUUCUGUCAAACACUCAACUGUCUCAGCGUCACAAAAACCCAAAUCCACACCCCCUUCGGCCCAACGGACUCUCAAUUCUCCGGCUCCGCUUUCGCAGACGACUCAGUCUCAGGCACAAGCUCAGCCGCAGUCUAGCGACUGGCGCUGGCCCAGAAGCUCGCAAACUGGGGUCACCCGCCUUUCGCUUAAGAGCAUAAAGGGCGAAGUGGCAAGCCAGGCGCAGGCGCAAGCUGCUGCGAAAGCCUCUGCCACUGGCAAGCGCGGUGCAAACGCUCAUCCACGUAGAGGUGUCUUCUCGCCCCCUGACAGCGACUCGGAAGAGACAGAGAGUGAGAGUGAGAGUGAAAGUGAGAGCGAGAGCGAGAGCGAGCGUAGCAGUAGCAGUGACAGCGAGGGCGGAAGUGGCAGUGACAGUGACAAAGGAAGGGUGAAGAAGCGCAGUCCGAGUCCUCCUAGUGUUGCGGAUGCAGGAGAUAUUAUGUCCAGUGGACAGAUUCGAAAAUUACGGACUGCGCGUACUGGGGGUCGUGCUUAA